AUGGAACCAGUACAGUAUAGCUACGAGGACUUCGCCCGAUUGCCCAGUUUUGUGGUUGGACUGAUGGGAUACGACAUGUUAGGUGUUCCGAAGACCCGAUCCCGGAGGAUCUUAAUGCGACUAUAUCGCUUCCUUUGCCUCGCCAGCCACAGCGUCUGCGUGGGAUUCAUGAUAUUUCGGAUGGUUGAGGCCAAUACCAUUGACAAUGUCUCGCUGAUCAUGCGCUAUGCCACCCUGGUCACCUAUAUCAUCAACUCGGACACCAAGUACGCCACCGCCUUGCAGCGACGUGCCAUCCAAAGCUUGAACUCCAAACUGGCGGACCUUUACCCCAAAACCACGCUGGAUAGGCUCUAUCACCAGGUGAAUGACCACUAUUGGUCCAAAUCAUUUGUCUACCUGGUGACCGUUUACAUUGGCUCGUCGAGUAUGGUUGUCGUCGGACCAUUUAUUACAUCGUUAAUAUCGUAUUUCACAAACCGCGGCUUUACUUAUAUGCACUGCUAUCCCUACUUUGAAUUUGAUCCUCAAAAACAUUCGGUUUGGAUAUACGUGGGGAUCUAUGGCUUGGAGUGGCUGCACAGCACCCAGAUGGUCAUCUCAAACAUUGGCGCGGAUACCUGGCUGCUCUACUUCCAGGUGCAAAUUAUUAUUCACUUCAGGGGCAUUAUUCAUGCGUUGGAGGACUAUCAGCCCAGUGUGGAUCACGAUGAAAAGGAUCGUAAGUUCCUGGCGCGCAUCGUGGACAAGCAGGUGGUCCUAGUCAAGCUGCAGAACGAGCUAAAUGAGAUCUUUGGUGGAUCGCUGCUAUUGAGCCUGCUCACUACCGCUUCGGUUCUUUGCACUGUGGCGGUUUACACACUGAUUCAGGGCGCAACUUUGGAGGGCUUUACCUAUGUGUUUUUCAUCGGCACUUCAGUGGCGCAGGUGUAUUUGGUUUGCUACUACGGUCAGCAAGUCCUGGAUUUGAGUGCCCAGGUGGCCCAUGCCGUGUACAAUCAUGAUUUCCACAAUGCCUCUAUAGCCUACAAAAAGUACCUGUUGAUAAUUAUAAUACGGGCACAGCAGCCCGUGGAAUUGAAUGCCAUGGGUUACCUUCCCAUUUCGCUGGAUACCUUCAAACAGCUGAUGAGCGUGACUUACCGCGUUAUUACCAUGCUUAGGCAGAUGAUUCAGUAG